AUGAUUGCGAUCCAGAAUGAGAAGUCGAGGUACAGGAAGCGGUGGCUGCCGAGGGUACGGUGGGGGGCCCUCUUAUGCGUGAUGGUCCUCAUCUACGGCACGCAUGCGCCGCUCAUCGCUCUGAGCAAAGCGGAGGGCCGCAUCCCUUUCAACCCUUCCUCAUGCGUCGUGAUGAUCGAGUUGGUCAAGCUGCUCGUGUCUUUCGCCACUCUCAUUACGACCGGGGGCGCGUCGACCUUCCUCGCGCCUCCCUCCCCGUUCCUCGUGGCCCCCUACGCCGCCCCCGCCGCACUCUACGCCCUCAAUAACAACCUGGUUGUCCUUAUGCAGGCUCACAUGGACCCAAGCUCUUUCCAGGUCCUCAGCAACCUUAAAAUUGCCACCACUGCUCUGCUCUACUCUCUGUGCUUAGGCAAGAGGAUGCGCUGGGGUCAGUGGGCCAGUCUGGGGCUCCUCAUGGCGGCGGGAAUGUGCCAUAGCUACACCAGCCUGGACUCAGCAGACACGGGCGAAACGCAGCAAGAGAUCAGGCUUCAUAUCACUGCGUGGGGGCUUUUCCUCAUGCUGGUGUAUUGCUGUGCAUCUGGGCUCGCAGCCGUUUAUACAGAAAAGGUGCUGAAGGGUCAGAAGCUGCCACUCAGCGUUCAAAAUCUCUACCUCUACGUUUUUGGUGUGCUCAUCAACGGACUGUCUUCUUUCGCUGCCCUCGCGAGUGACAAGAGCUUUUUAGAAGGGUACUCGUGGACUGUCUGGGCUAUCAUAGCGGGACAGGCGGCUAACGGCCUUCUGAUGUCUGUACUGUUGAAACACGGCAGCGGCAUCACUCGGCUGUUCGUCAUCUCCUGCUCCAUGCUGGUCAACGCUGUGAUGUCGUGGGCAGUUUUAGGGCUGCAGCUGACUUUCUUCUUCUCGAUACCACUCGCCAUGGUCGCCCUGGCAGCUUUUCUUUACUACACAUAGCCGACUUUUCACUAGAAGCUCCAAGCACUCUUUUAAUACUCAUUCUUUGGUUUCGCAUAUUUAUUUCUUGCUUUUUUAUUUCUAUGUUGUGUGUAAAGAUGAAAAUUGAACAAUAAAUCUAACCUUUUCAUUGUUA